AUGCCUAGUAAACCUCGAAAUUUUUGUAAACGUUUUUUACAAAUCUUAUCAAAAUAUUUGUGGCAUAUGGAUCAAGCAGCAGUGCCAAUAUAUGCUUCUAACAACCAAGAUACGCAAACAUUAUCAUCGCCGAAAAACUCAAGUAGAAAGUCUUCGACAAAAUCUCCUCAUAAAAUCUCACCAAUGAACGGACAUUUUACACAUCUUAAUCAACUUGCAGCACGUCAAGGAACAUAUUCACCACCCCUACAACAUUUAGCAGUCAUUGAAGAAGAAUAA